UAUUGUAGGAAAACGGACUCGUAUUUUGACGUGUACACUCUUGUGAGGACCGGAAGUAGAAUUGGCAUCGAGGAUUUCCUUCGGAUCUAUGCUGUACCGAUGGUCCAUGCAUUUUGGCUAACUUAAAACGUUUGGUUUACAAACGUACCGUAUGUUACGUUAGAGCAACCAGAUUGUAGGUCAACUAAUCUUCGUGAAGUAAAUGCAAUCUGUUGUGGACAAUAAUAAUGUAAUUAAUGUAUCAUAUUAACUUUAUGAUUUCUUUUCACAGUUAGAUGAAAGCGUCCUCUACUGUCGUGCUGUUUGUUAAACGGAAGGCCUUCUUGUUUUAGUAAAAAAAAGUCCUUCCGGAUUAGCCACCAGGUAAUCUGCAUUGUUUGUCAUCAUCAAUCGAGUCCACUAUUUCUGCAAAAUGUCAAUGUCUCACGAAUCCGUGAUCACUUUUCAAAACCAACUCGCUUCGAUUAUGGAUGUUUUGCUUAAAAACGCAGUCUGCGAAAUAACAAAGUUAUUCGAAACCAGUUUAUCUGAAAUUCACUCUAUCAAUGUGACACAACGCGAGAUGGAAGUCUGUGCAUCAAAACUCAAACUGCAGCAAGCAGGUAAAACGCCAGAAACGGAGGAGGAAUACAGUGCAAACAGUGGAAGCAACAAGACGGAGUUUGAGACUUGGGAUGAACACCUUUGCUCUGGUACCAUCGACGUAUUCGGACACUUUGUUUCCAGCGAUAAUGAAAAUGUGACAAAGACGUCAACGGCUGUAACGGAUAAACAGGAUGGUGACAGCCAUUCCGAGGAUCGAGACUUCGAGCAGCGUUGGAACUGCGAUUUGUGGCGAGAUGGAGAAAACUCAAGUUCUGAAGCAAGGAUAACGCAGACCCAGCCCAUCCAGGUCAAACGGGAGAUCCCCGAGACUGAUUCGUGCUGCUCCGCUUGUGGAAAGAUGCCUGUGUCUGUCGGGUCACUGUGCACCGCGUGCACCAGCUUCAGCCACCAGGGGGCGCACGUUGACUCCCAGACAUCAUCGCUUUUACAACCAGGCAUGGAGAGCCUUCGAGCGGCGAUGGAGGAUGUGCAAGCCGCCAUUAAGAGAACACUGCCCGAGCUGGAGGCGGAGCAGCUGGGCUGUUUGGUGGAACACCUUACGGGAAAUGUCGGAGUAGAGAGCAGUGGCGAUCUUCAGUAUGUGCGGCUGAAAGAUAUUCAAGACUGCUUGACGCCGAUCCAGUGCCAGAGAUUUCUUCAGCCCUGCAAGGAAAGAGAUUCCGUUGGUGAACAGGCUCUGCCGAGCUGUUCGUCGUCUCCUCCGCCUUCGGAGUCGCGCGGCGGAUGUAAGAGAGAACCGCCCUCCCCUCCCGUGUGUCCCGCUACCUUACCUGCCAGCCCACCGCAGGUGAACGUGAGCUCGUCGUGGGUCAGCAACUUCCAGGUGCCCUGGGAGAGGAUGCCCCCGACCCUCCGGGAGGCCGUGGCCAAAGGUCACCGGCCCAGAGCGGCCGACCGGAGGCUGAUGGUCCGGCUCACCGUCGACGCCAUGCUCGUGUGUUGCCCCAACCCCAACAGGGCUGCCUGCGCCGAAAUAGCCAAAGCCAUCGUGGCGCGGCACCCCGGUACCUUCGCGGACCUGACGGAGGAAGGGGAGAAGCUGGGCAGCGGGUACCACUCCCUCCUCACCCAGCUGAAGACCCGGGUGGAGCACGUGAACAGGAACAACCUCGUGCACCGGAUCCGCCGGCCCAGGAGAACCGGCGCCGGCCAGGACGGCGAGAGCGGCAGCAGGCCGGCCAGGUGCCUGCGCUCCAGAGUCGACGGGUACGGGUGCGUCAACUGGCAGCCCAAGGAGCUCCCGGAAGGGGAGACGGCGGACUCUCUCGAAGCCAAGAGGCGGACCAUGGCGGCCAUUUUCCACAGCUUGGGCCCCGACGGCGCGUCGGUGGCGGAGGUGGACGAGCACAUGAGGCUGACGUACGUCUGCCAGCGGCGCACGAUCAACGGGUGCCCUCCUCCGACCGUCGGCGAGGUCCGGGAGCGGUGGCCGUUCCUCUUCACCCGGAGGUGGCUCUGCUGGCACUUCCACACCCUCACCGGCGUCGACGUGGACAGCCGUCUGAGCGAGGCCCUCCGGACCAAGGGGAGGAGGAUCGUGAGCUUCUUUCAGAGCCAGAAGGCCAAGUGGAGCCGGGACGUCCAGCGUCUGCUCGGCGAGAUGCAGGGGGACUUCAGGGGGACCGACGAGAACCUCACCACCAUUGCUGCCAUUCUUUUGGUGAUGAAACGCUUCAAGGAGAAAGAGGACUCUCUCUUCCUCUCAGCAGAUGCGACUGCAACAAAGGAGGACAUAGAGGAGCAGCUGACUUUGCCAGUCAGCCCAAGACUCAUCAUGCUUGGGAGUAGCCUGCUCACUGCGACCCGGUGGAUGGUUAGCAUGGAGGGCAAAGUGGCCUACGUGCUGGACGGCCAAUCAGAUUUUGCAGCUGCCCUGACCGUCCUCUUCAGCUGCUUUUACGUCUUUAACAUAGAGUACCAGGAGUCGGCCUGCGCCACCCUGGAGCUCAUACAGAGGUUCUUCGCCAGGAUAAACCCGGAGUACGGGAUUAAGUGCACGGCCAAAGUGGGCGUGAGCCGCAAGUCGGGCACGAUCGUGCAGCGGAAGGCCGCCGCCGUCAACCCGCACGUCACCACCUUCCUCCAGCUCCUCAUGGAGUUCGAGUGGAAGACCUCAAAAUAACACUCAGAUACACACACACACACACACACACACACACACACUCAGACACACACACACACACGUCACCACCUUCCUCCAGCACCUCAUGGAGUCAGAGUGGAAGACCUCGAAAUAACACUCAGACACACACACACACACACACUCAGACACACACACACACACGUCACCACCUUCCUCCAGCACCUCAUGGAGUUCGAGUGGAAGACCUCAAAAUAACACUCAGACACACACACACACACACACACACACACACACUCAGACACACACACACACACGUCACCACCUUCCUCCAGCACCUCAUGGAGUCAGAGUGGAAGACCUCGAAAUAACACUCAGACACACACACACGUCACCACCUUCCUCCAGCACCUCAUGGAGUUCGAGUGGAAGACCUCGAAAUAAAUAACACUCAGACACACACACACGUCACCACCUUCCUCCAGCACCUCAUGGAGUUCGAGUGGAAGACCUCGAAAUAAAUAACACUCAGACACACACACACGUCACCACCUUCCUCCAGCACCUCAUGGAGUUCGAGUGGAAGACCUCGAAAUAAAUAACACUCAGACACACACACACGUCACCACCUUCCUCCAGCACCUCAUGGAGUCAGAGUGGAAGACCUCAAAAUAACACUCAGACACACACACGUCACCACCUUCCUCCAGCACUCAUGGAGUUCGAGUGGAAGACCUCGAAAUAAAUAACACUCAGACACACAACAUGUCACCACCUUCCUCCAGCACCUCAUGGAGUCAGAGUGGAAGACCUCAAAAUAACACUCAGACACACACACACGUCACCACCUUCCUCCAGCACCUCAUGGAGUUCGAGUGGAAGACCUCGAAAUAAAUAACACCCAGACACACACACACGUCACCACCUUCCUCCAGCACCUCAUGGAGUUCGAGUGGAAGACCUCAAAAUAACACUCAGACACACACACACGUCACCACCUUCCUCCAGAACCUCAUGGAGUUCGAGUGGAAGACCUCAAAAUAACACUCAGAUACACACACACAGACACACACACACGGCACCACCUUCCUCCAGCACCUCAUGGAGUUUGAGUGGAAGACCUCAAAAUAACACUCAGACACACACACACACACACACACACUCACACGUCACCACCUUCCUCCAGAACCUCCUGGAGUUCGAGUGGAAGACCUCAAAAUAACACUCAGACACACACACACACACACACACACUCACACGUCACCACCUUCCUCCAGCACCUCAUGGAGUUUGAGUGGAAGACCUCGAAAUAAAUAACACUCAGACACACACACUCACACACACACAGGGCACCACCUUCCUCCAGCACCUCAUGGAGUUUGAGUGGAAGAC